ACGCUCAUUAUGGGUUGAAGAUGCUUAUCUUCUCCUUAUUCACACAGCUUAGCUCCAUACAAUCUACAGGGGUUUUUCCCCCGUAGCUAGAGAGGGUAAUCACCCGAUUGUCCACUAAGAUAUCACGCGUUGAAAAUCAAGAAGGCGGGGUAGAAUCAGGUGAUCAGAAGAUUUGGGAAGUGACUAUUACAUAUGCCCUAGGCUCCGAUGCAGGACCACUGAUCUUGUGUUGCAACCAACCCAAUCUCUAAGGGGCUAAUGUAUUUCCUAGUUAUAUCUUCGGUGAGUAAUUCAAGGCAUUUUGUGAUCUUUUUGACGUACUCAGUCAUUACACUCAAGAGCAUCCCUAAUCCUUCUCGACGUUCAGCAGCCGAGGAGCACUUUUGGUAAUAGGGCAAAAUGGUAACAAUCAUACCGCAAGACUCGAAAAAAAGUGAGGCAUCUGAAAUGCCUACUGUCCGAAUGAGACGUUGGGCUCCGAAGGUAAAGUCCGGAUGUAUUACUUGCAAAAUCCGGAAAAUCAAAUGUGAUGAAGAAAAGCCCUCCUGCCGACGCUGCACUUCGACUGGUCGCACAUGCGACGGAUAUGGUCCACGGGCUCCUUUGCUCGAGUUUUGGCAUGACCACUUCAUGCCUUUCGUACUGGAUGAACUCAAGCUCUAUUUUACAUUGGCCGACGAUGUCUUCAGCAGUGUUCCACGUCUCCUAUCCAAAGCGAGAGAGGGAUCCAGCCUGUACUCAGCCUGUAACGCCGUCGGUCGUGCGUAUAUGAUGGGUAAAACCCGGUCAGCCAAGGCUGUCUCCGAGGGAGCGAGGGCAUACGGCAACGCGCUCUCUACUCUCCGCUCGGCCAUCGGAGAUCGCAAGGAAUGCAGAAGCGAUAAUACUUUACUGGCUAUCUGGUUCCUCAGCAUGUUCGAGGUAUUUCUAGGCGCUUCUGAUCCUUCUGUCCGGGCGGACGGUACUCCUGGAUGGAAAUCCCACAACCAGGUGCUCACGCACCUGGUUUCCCUACGCGGCUCGGAAAUCUUCGCCUCUCUGAAUGGACGCCGUUUGUUUACGAUCAUCUUCAGUAAUGUGCUGGCGCACGCGCUUGUUCCCAGCCAUGAUUUUAGUGACUGUCCGACUUGGUUCAUCAAAUUUCACCAACACUGCCAACCAUCCGAAUAUCCCAUGCUUCGUGCCCAUAUUUAUACCUAUCAGUGUGCCCGUAUCAUCAGCCGUAUUCUAAGACUCAUUGACGUCGGUGACGUUGAUGAGAUGCUCUCCUGCUCAUGGUCCAUCCUGCAGGAAAUAAAUCAGGUAGAGAAAGCAACGUAUCCAUUUUCCAGCGAGGAACCAGUAACAAAAUACGAGGUUGAGCCCCUAACGGCACCCUACACGUGCCCCGAUCACACGUACCCGGGCUAUAUUGGUAUCCAGAUCACCCACACCGUGUUUCGAAUGCGACUCUCACACCAUGCCCUAUGGUUACUAGACUAUGCAUCUAGGGCGCCUAGCUGUACGCUUCAGCAGCGAGUAAUGCUAGGUAGGUUUCGCGAUCACUGCAUUGAAGAAUUGCGACUCGGCGCAAGCAAAGUUUCCCGUUUGAUGGCCAGUACUCCCAAACAUAGGAAGCUUGAUGCCCCCCAAACAGCAACAAUCUGUUUAGACUUUCACCAAUUGGCUUCGGCUAUGAGACAGGGGAAUAAUCAAAUCAUACUAUUCUAGAUCACGCAUCAGGACAAUAUUAAUACUGUUAAU